GGUUCUUAUCAUGUUGUGCCACUUUGGAUUUCUUGUAAUGCAUUCAGUCCUACACUUCAAAGAGCACCAGAUUAGAAUAAAAAAAUGAAGCAACAACUAAAGAAGCCAACUAGAAAGUUAAGCUUGCAAGAGCUGCAAUGGGUAACAACAACCCUGGUCGCCGUGGAUUCAAGAAAGAUAAGGACCCCCUUAAGUCACUCAGUGCUCAGGGACCCAAGAAAGGAAGACGGGAAAGAAAAGAUGGCAGUGACAACCAUAAGCAAAAAAGAAACAAAGGUGAGAUACAAAACAAUGAGACAGAAAUGAUCAUAUCAUCAUCCUCAUGUGGACGGACUACUUGCGUCAAAUGGUGGCGGCAAGCAGAGAAGAUUGAGGUGCAAUCGUUAGAAGAGCUUCCAAAGCAGCUAUUCCUGGAAAUAUAUGAGCUUUCUCAAGCAAAGGAUGUCUACACAAAAUGCAUAUCGUCCGUGAUCUCUGGGGUUGUUCAUGGUCUCAAUGCAACUGUGUUUGCGUAUGGUUCUACCGGAAGGUUAUCUAUGAUUUGCUUGAAAAGUCAUCCGGCCAUUUGUAACUCAGAGAGGAUCCAGAGCAAGGAAUCAUUGUUGCUGGCCUCAGGUGUUCAGUCAGCUGAUAAGAUCCUUGAACUCUUAAACGUGGGGAACAGCAGACGGAAAACUGAAAGCACGGAGGCUAAUGCAACAUCUUCUCGGUAG